GAUUCCAUUAUGAAUUGGGCAAAAGAAUUUGUUGAAAUAUUUUCAGAAUUUUCUCGAAGUGGUCUUCAAUUACCUAAGCUUCAUGCUUGGUGCUAUCAUAUGAUACCUGCAAUUCAAGAAUAUGGAUCAAUAAAUAGUAUGACCACGAAAACCUACGAAACUCUUCAUAAGAAUUAUGUAAAAAGACCCUAUCGCAUAUCAAACAAAAAAGACUAUAUGAAACAAAUAUUAAGGAUGGUUAUACGGCAGAAGUUAACUGAAAAAGAAGCCCAAAAGAAAUAUCGCCAAGCUAAAGGGUUUGGAAAACCUAUGUGGACUUUAAGUUUAGAUAAGUUGGACGAUUUUCUUAAAAACAACAAAAAUAAUAUGGACCUAUUACAAAUUGAAGGGUUUCAAAACCUUUUAACUGGUCUUGAUGAAUUUUUUGAAGAAGAACCAAUUUUGUCUCUUAACGAUUUUAAUCGUAUGCAGGUAUUUUCUUCAGCUUUAUUAGAAAGUACUGAUAUAAUUCGUACUAUUGCUAGUUUCCAUGGAAGUCCUAUAUUUUCAAACGUUGUGAUUAGUAGCUAUAAAAAUAAUGAAGAAAUAAAUUGGUAUGGCUUG